GCCGCGGGAGUCGAGGAGCGACGAGGAAGACCGCGGGUCGGACGAGAACGAGAACGACAACGAGCUCGAAUUGCGCCGGUGAAGUCUGCCACCAGAAUCUAGGCUACACGGGCCCUUUCUCAGCACGUCCCUGGAUUGUCCUCAUCAACGUUUACCGUGUUUAACCAUGCCAACGAUCGUAUCUUCACGAGGUAGCUCUUUCCGCGUACGGUUCCCGUCCUGCUCAUUGAGCAUUUUUCGCUGCCGUGCCAAGCCAGCGUUGAGGGCCAUUGCUCAAGCCCCGCGUGACAACCGCUGAGGCGCCGCUGCCACCGGCGGCGCACGCACCGGCGGUGCGCUCGAUGAGUGCGGCCGGGGGGGGGCCCUGCGAUGCGAACGACGGUAGCUUGAGACAGUGGGGAGUGCGCUUAGGUGCGAUGGGGGGUGUGGGGCCCACACGUAUCGACGAAGACGGGGACGAUACCGGAGUGCUUGACGCGUGGCAUAUUGAUGACCUGGAGGGAGAGAAAGAAGAAGAGGAUGAGCAACAGGGGGAGGAGGAGGAGGGCGGUAGGGCGAUGGAGGAAGGGGAUUUGGAGGAGGUAGCGGAGAUGGAGGAAGUGAUCGAUGACGAGGCUGACAAUAUCGCGUACGAGUCCGACGAGGAGGAAGACGAGGAGGAGGAGGAGGCGGGCGAAGAGGGGGGUGCGAGCGAAAGGGGCGAGGGAGCGGAAAUGAGGAGAGAGAGGAGAGAGUCAGAGGAGGAGGAAGAGGAGGAGGAAGAGGAAGAGGAAGAGGAGGAGGAAGAGGGGGAUUCGGAGGAGGAUUCGGAUUGGGCGCCGGAGACGAGCAGCGCGCACGGGGACACGGGGGACGAGGGGGAGGGGCGAGGGGAGGAGGUGCAAGGGGGUGAGUCAGGCACGCAGGAGAGGGGCGCUUUACAGGCGGGAGCAGAGGCGAGCGCGGAGAGAGCGGGGGGAGCGGCGGGGUUGGGAAGGGAAGCAGCGGCAAGAGGCGUUUCAGGGGAUGACAGGCUGCCCCAGGACACGGACGGGCGGUGGGACGAACAGGACGAUGCGAAUCUUCCACGAAGGGGGCGGGGGAAAGACAGAGGCAGGGGAAGAGGGAUGGGGAGGGGGAGGGGGAGAGGGAGAGGGAGGGGAAGGGGAAGGGGAAGGGGAAGGGGAAGGAAGCAUGGUAGUGUGGGAGACGGCGAGGAGGGGGGUGAGGGCGUCGCCCUGCACGCAUGGACCGCUGGUGCCGGUGCCACCUCCCUCUCUGCCGCCCACCGCAACCCAGCGCUGGCUCUUGAGGCAAUCACGCAGUGGGGGCGAGGGGGAGGAGGCGAGGGGGACACGGGGGGUGGUGGAGGAUGGGGAGAGGAGGGCGAGGAGCGGGCAAAGAGAGGAAGGCGUUGCCGCACACAGGGGGCUGACGAGGACAGCAGCGAUGGGGGAAGGGGAGGGGGGUCGGCGCGGGCGGCGUUGUUUGGAGCGAGCAUGGACGAGAUCUGGGAGGCGGCCACGACACCAUCGCGCAAGAGAAGGAAGAUGCUGCGCAAGCGCGGGCGCCCCAAGGGCUCAUCUCGGCUGUCGCCGGCGGUGGUGUCGAAGCUGGGGGAUGCGAAUCUGAUGUACGCCAUGGGGCGGUACAGCGAGGCGAGAAGGAAGGCGAGAAGGAAGGCGAGAAGGAAGGCGAGAAGGAAGGCGAGAAGGAAGGCGAGAAGGAAGGCGAGAAGGAAGGCGAGAAGGAAGGCGAGAAGGAAGGCGAGAAGGAAGGCGAGAAGGGGCGAGAAGGAAGGCGAGAAGGAAGGCGAGAAGGAAGGCGAGAAGGAAGGCGAGAAGGAAGGCGAGAAGGAAGGCGAGAAGGAAGGCGAGAAGGAAGGCGAGAAGGAAGGCGAGAAGGAAGGCGAGAAGGAAGGCGAGAAGGAAGGCGAGAAGGAAGGCGAGAAGGAAGGCGAGAAGGAAGGCGAGAAGGAAGGCGAGAAGGAAGGCGAGAAGGAAGGCGAGAAGGAAGGCGAGAAGGAAGGCGAGAAGGAAGGCGAGAAGGAAGGCGAGAAGGAAGGCGAGAAGGAAGGCGAGAAGGAAGGCGAGAAGGAAGGCGAGAAGGAAGGCGAGAAGGAAGGCGAGAAGGAAGGCGAGAAGGAAGGCGAGAAGGAAGGCGAGAAGGAAGGCGAGAAGGAAGGCGAGAAGGAAGGCGAGAAGGAAGGCGAGAAGGAAGGCGAGAAGGAAGGCGAGAAGGAAGGCGAGAAGGAAGGCGAGAAGGAAGGCGAGAAGGAAGGCGAGAAGGAAGGCGAGAAGGAAGGCGAGAAGGAAGGCGAGAAGGAAGGCGAGAAGGAAGGCGAGAAGGAAGGCGAGAAGGAAGGCGAGAAGGAAGGCGAGAAGGAAGGCGAGAAGGAAGGCGAGAAGGAAGGCGGAGAAGGGAAGGCGAGAAGGAAGGCGAGAAGGAAGGCGAGAAGGAAGGCGAGAAGGAAGGCGAGAAGGAAGGCGAGAAGGAAGGCGAGAAGGAAGGCGAGAAGGGAAGGCGAGAAGGAAGGCGAGAAGGAAGGCGAGAAGGAAGGCGAGAAGGAAGGCGAGAAGGCGCGGUUUCCCUCUCCCCAGGCGGCCAUUCCGCUCCUGGAGGCCGUGAUCCGCGAGGCCCCCUCCGUGCCCGACAGCUACCAGACGCUGGCGCUGGUGUACGAGGCGUUGGGCGAGCGGCGGCGCGCCGUGAACCUGAGCAUGAUCGCGGCGCACCUCACCCCGCAGGACACCGCCUUGUGGCGCCGCCUGGCCGCCUGGUCGCUCGAGCUGGGCAACCCCUCUCAGUCCCUCUACUGCCUCUCCAAGGUGGUGCGCAAAGAGCCCGCGGACCUGGAGGCGCGGUGGGACCAGGCGCUGCUGCUGGCGGAGGCGGGGGACUUCCGGCGGGCCGCAGCUGCCUUGGAGCUGAUGCGCGCACAGAGAGACGCGCGCGGGGAGAGGGAGGCCGAUGGGGAGGUCUGCAAGAUGCUGGCGCGGAUGUAUCACCGCAUCGACCAAUCAGACAAGGCCAUCGAGGUCCUCCAGUCCCUGCUCUCCUCCUCCGCGCCUCCCAGCACCUCCUCCCCCUGCCCCGCGCCCCCGGUCGACCUCACGGCGGUCAACAUUUUAGCGGAGCUGCACAUGGCCAAGCAGAACUUUCGGGAAGCUCUGAGUAUGGUGGAGAGCGCGCGCGCAUCGCUGUGUAGUGGGGAGGCCCUGCCGGUGGACCUGGGCGCCAAGGCGGGCGUGUGCCUCGUCAGACUGGGGCGCUUCCGGGAGGCCGAGCCGUACCUCACGGCCCUGCAGCAGGAGAGUGCAGGCGACUGCGCCGAUCUCUUCACCGAGGCAGCCGACGCCUUCAUGGCCGUGGGCCGGGCGGCAGAUGCCAUCCGCUUCUACCGCCCGCUCUGCUCCCCCUGGGAUGAUGUGGCUCUCGCUGCUGCUCAGGCUGCUGCUGUUGCUGCCACAGGGGCUGCCGGGGCAGCAUCAGCGGCAGAGGGCGAGAGCGAUGGGGCAGCGGCAGCGUGGGGGGAGGUGGAGGGGCGAGCGGCGGUGUGGGUGAAGCUGGGGGCAGCAUGUGCGGCUGCUGGAGACGUGGACCAGGCUGUGCUCAUUCUGCAGCGAGUGGUGGCGUGCCUGCCCUGGCUGCCCCACGCGCGCCUGCAGCUGUCCUCCGCUCUCGCCCAGGCGGGCCGCCUGGACGAGGCUGCUGCCGUGCUGCAGGGGCCCACGGAGGGGGCAGAGGACGGCCCACAGGAGGGGACGCAGCAGCGGACUGAGGGGCGGCAGAGGGGACCCAAGGCAGCGCAGCAGGGAGGAGAGGAAGGGGAGAAGGGCAAGGGGAAGGAGGUGCUGGUGCAGGGCGACGCGCAAGAGGGGGCUUCGACUGCCACUGCCAGCUUUGCUGGUGCUGCAGCUGCGGGGCCCGUGGGGGGCCGGCAGGCGGAGGCGUGGUGGAAGCUGGUGGAGGUGCGACUGGCGCGGGCGCACCUGUGGGACAAGGCCGACAACGCCAGCAAGUUCCUGGAAGUUGCGCUGCCCAUGGUGCAGCAGUCGAUGUGGGCCAUGGACAAGAACCAGCGGGCCCUGUCAGCCUUUAAGGCAGCUCACCCGUCGUGGCGGCCGUGGAUGCGGCAGCUGAAGGCGAUGCUGGGCGAGCAGGCGCGCGAGGGCAAGGAGGGGCUGUACCGCGGGCUCAAGCUGCGCCUGCCCCGGGGGAUCGCUUGCCAGCUGGCGAAUCGCCGACGACUGGCACGGCUGGCAGCAGAAGAGGCGGAGAGGCAGGCAGCCAUGGGGGGGGCGAGGGGCGCAGGGGAGGGAGAUGGGGGAACGGGAGGAGAGGGGGGAGGAACAGCUAUGCCAUGUGGCAGCGGUCGAAGGGGGAUUGGCACGGACUCGGUGCGGCUGCAGCUGGAGCUGAGCGACCUGGGGCUGCCGGACGUGGAGGAGCCCCGCCUGCACGAGGUGCCACUUCCUGGAAUAUUCUCAGACGACCAGCAGUUCCACGUGCUGCUCAAGGUGGUGCAGUGCCUGCUGCACGACGGCCGCCCCAUGGACGCUGAGAGGCUCGUGGAGAGCGCGCUUUCCCGGAACCUUCCCAAGCCCAUGCGGAAGCAGCUGCAGUCAGCCAUCGGUGAGGAGGCGAGUGGCAUGCUGCAGUUUGAGGUGGCGCGCGCCAUCAUCAGCGAGCAGCCGCACAGCAUCCGCGGCUGGACGCUCUUCCACACCCUCACCCUCAGGGGCAUCGAGAGCAACGACCGGCGCGCCAAGUUCCUGCAGCAGAUGCGCAUGCGCCACCCCAUGUGCGUGGCGGCGCUGCUGGUGUCGGGGCACCACCACGCGCUGAGCGGGCAGAUGCAGGGCGCGUGCCGGGAGUACCUGCGCGCACACCGCCUGCAGCCAAACGACCCGCUCAUCUGCCUCUGCUGCGGAGUGGCGCUUCUGAAUCUCUCCCUGGGCUCGCGCCUUCGUGACCGAAGCCAGUGUGUGCUGCAAGGCAUUGCCUUGCUGCACCAGUACGCCCAGCUCUCAGGAGACACAGAGGAAGUGCACUUCAACAUGGCUCGUGCUUUCCACCACGUGGGUCUCCUCCACCUCGCUGUUGACCACUACAAGGUAGUACUUGCCGCCACUCGCCACCCACACAAUGCCAGUGCUGAGCAACAAGGUGGGAGGAUCCACAGAACAAGGGUCAAUGAUCAGGAAGUAAUGCAGCAAGAUUAUGACACAGGAUUGAAAAGAGAAGCAGCCCAUAACUUGGUUGCUAUCUACAGAAAUAGUGGAGCAGAUGCAUUAGCUCGACAAGUCAUGAGUAGCUAUUUGACCAUAUAAACGCCGUGUAGUGCGUGGUAUCAGACAUCGGUGGAGUCAUCCUGCGUUUAACGAGGCCUUCAUGAAAGAACAAUGACGUGUGACGGAAACGUUU